UUCUAAUCCAACGGUGCGGAAUAGUCUACUAGAAGUUUCUCUUCCUCCCUGCCCUUAUAUCUCCCUCCACAGAUAAAUCUCGUGCUCAACUCGUGCUCAACUCGCGUCGUCCUCGCACUGGGCUUUGCAUUCUGUCUCUCUCUGCUCAGUCUCAGCUCAAAAGCUAUGGAGAAGUGUUACCCGACUGUGAGCGAGGAAUACAAGAAGGCUAUUGACAAAGCCAAGAGGAAGCUCAGAGGCCUCAUCGCUGAGAAGAACUGUGCUCCGAUUAUGCUCCGUCUCGCAUGGCACUCUGCUGGUACUUACGAUGUGACGACGAAGACCGGAGGUCCGUUCGGAACAAUGAGGCACAAGCUUGAGCAAGGUCACGCGGCCAACAACGGCCUUGAGAUAGCCGUCAGGCUACUAGAGCCUAUCAAGGAGCAGUUCCCGAUCAUCUCUUAUGCUGACUUCUAUCAGUUGGCUGGUGUUGUUGCCGUUGAAAUUACUGGGGGACCUGAUGUUCCAUUCCAUCCAGGGAGGGAGGAUAAGCCUGAGCCACCUGUUGAAGGCCGCCUUCCUGAUGCUACCAAGGGAACGGACCAUCUGAGAGAUGUGUUUGUUAAACACAUGGGCCUCACUGACAAGGACAUUGUUGCUCUAUCUGGUGGCCAUACCCUGGGAAGGUGCCACAAGGAGCGUUCUGGAUUUGAGGGGCCCUGGACUGCCAAUCCACUCAUCUUUGAUAACUCCUACUUCACGGAACUUCUGACUGGGGAGAAGGAAGGGCUUCUACAACUGCCAUCUGACAAGGCUCUCCUCAAUGAUCCUGUCUUCCGCCCUCUUGUUGAGAAAUAUGCUGCGGAUGAGGAUGCAUUCUUUGCAGAUUAUGCCGAAGCCCACAUGAAGCUUUCUGAACUGGGGUUCGCUGAGGCCUGAACUGUUGGACAGAAAGAUGUGGAAAAGGUGGCCUGCUCAUCACUUUGUUUUUGGUUCUUGGAAAAUCUUGGUUCCUAGGUAGUCCAUGUUUGAUAAAAAAAAAUUGUAAUGUUCCGUAUUUUUUGGCUGGAUAUGGUCGAUUGUAAGUGUGGCGGUAGCAAACAAGGAUAUGGUCAUCAUAAUCCCAUAGAAUAAGAUUAAUCUUAA